UCUUUUUAUACUGUGCUCAGGCAAAUCCGGGGUGUUGGGCUUUUUAGUUAUUUUUGAAAAUGUUGGUCGAAUUUUGAGUGUUUCUCCCGCUUCUACAUUUGAAACAGGGUGAUUCUGUCACUGAAGUAUUAUCUCGUGAUUUCUUUUCUUCUUUGAUUUGGCACCAGUCUCCUCGUCUUCUCAGGAGACAUAGUGUCAGACACAGUGAGAGUGGCAACUUUUUUUUCAAUGCUUGUUGGUUUCUGGGAUUUGAUAUUCAUAAGUAAGUGUAGCGCGUUUGGAAUAAUGAGUUCUGAUAGUAUUCCAUCCAAAUCGGAGGUUCUGAGCUGGGAUUCACAACGGUUAUCAGACUUUCUGAAGAAACGGAAUCUAACCGGGUGUGAUAAGGUCGUGACACGGUAUAACAUCAAUGGACAAAGGUUCCUGAGUAUGUCUGACAAUGACCUUCAAAAGUUCCCUAAGCUUCAUGCGCCGCUCAUCUCCAAGAUUUGUCAGGAAAUCAGCAAACAGAAGAAGAAGGGAUUAUUUCCGCCGAUACCAACAAUAAGGCCAUCACCAGUUCCCAGCUACCCACAACCACCAGUUGAGCACCAUGAAGAUCAAGCGUGGGACUCUGAGGAGUUUGAGAGUGAUGAUGACUACGAGAAUCCUGAUUCGAAUGAUGAAGGUGAAGCUAGCGGUGGAGACUAUGAGUCCCCAGAGGAGGGGUCAGACAGCGAUAACAGCUAUGAGCCUCCGCCAACCGAGCCUAAUGAAGACACGGCCCAGAUCUGCCCCGCAAAACCCAUGGAAAACAGCGAUUAUAUUGAUAAUAACCGCACACGUGGAGUGGGCAGAAGUCAACCGCCUGUCCCUCCGGAGCGCCCGGGCCCUGGACCCGCUCUCCCUCCCGUAGAGCGGCCAAGUGUUGGACUACCUAUGAGAGAAGAGCGGCCCCUAAAAAGACCCCCAGCACCUGCUGUGGACCGCAGUACAAAGCCAGGAGCUCUGGACAGAGGCCAACCUCCAGCUGUAGCAGGUGGAAGAGGCACAUGCUCGCUUGACAGAAAUGGUUUUAUUUGCUUUUAUUUCAUUUGCUUCAGACUCCCUGCAGUGGAGCCACCAGGAGACCCGAUGAGAAUUCCCAAACCCUCACUUCCUCCAUCAGGGGUGCGCAGAAGCGCCUCCUCUGUUACACCAGGCUACUCUCAAAACAGGUCAGAUUCAUAAAAAAUGAAAUAACUUUACACUGCACAUUCUUUUCACAAAGAAAAAGACUCUGCCAGGCACAACUCCAAUACAUUUCCACUGCACGCCAGGAACCCUUCACCAAGACCGCCAGGAACCCACGGACAGUCCUAUCAAACAGACAAUGCUCACCCCAGUCGAUCACUACCGGCAAAACUGCAGGAGGCAAUGAGCGAUCACCGAAGAAGCGCAAGAGCACCACCUCCUCCAGCAGAUAUGGGCUUGCCGCAGGACAUGGAUCCAGCUUGGUAUGUGGGUCAGGUCACCCGCGGUGAGGCAGAGAGCUGCCUGAGAAGAGUUAACAGGGAUGGGACGUUCCUUGUGCGAGACAGUUCAAAUCAAUCUUCAAACCAGCCCUACACGCUUGUGGUCCUGUACCAGGAUAAAGUUUACAACAUUCAGAUCCGCAGAAAUCCUGAUGGCUUUAUGCUAGGCACUGGUCUGAAAUCCUCAGAGACUUUUAAACAGGUCAGCGACAUUAUCAGCCAGCACAAACACAUGCCACUCCUUCUUAUUAAUGCUAAGAACCGAGAAGCAAGCCAACAGAACCAGUGUGCUCUGAUUUAUCCAGCUGUAUAUUAAACGUUUAUUCUACAUGAGACUAACGUACAGUUAGUUUCAGCUAUUACAUUUCAUUCAGUUUUUUUUUUCUCAAACACCAUUCAUAACUGUCAAAAAAGGUCUGUAAAAAAAAUAUGAUGUACAACAUUAUUUUGAAUGCAUAGCUGCACAUUCCAUAGUACUGAAUACGUGUUCAUAUUAAAUGUUCAUAUUAAAAACAAAAUGAUAAAUCAGUACUUUAUCAAUAUUAGGACCGUUUUCGUUAUUUCUCGAACUAAUCUCUUUGUCUUUUGUUUCAGUUGUU